AUGACUCAAUUGAUUCACAAAAUCGAGACUCAAUCUCCCGUGAUCACGCGACCCAUUGCUCCUGCUAACCUGCCUUGCUUGGUACUCAGACAAUCCCUCAAUCCCAUUACUGCGUUUUCAAAACUCAACGACCAAGACCAUACCAGCCUUGCCGAUGACCCAGCCGGGGUUGUGCCGCGCUACUUUGGGAAGACAGGACCUUUCAAUGCCGACCCAAACAAGACCAAGAAAGACGGAGGUGGCAAGGGAAACUGGGGUCGUUCUGGAGAAGAAGUCCAGGACUACGACUACAAUUUUACCAAUGCUCGACGUCGCUCCAACAGCAGCAACCACGGACUGUCCGACUUCAAGACUAAGUUCGAGACUGUGGAACCUGAGCCAGUCUUCGAGGAAGAGUUUCCCGAUGUAAAUGAGAAGCAGGGCAACGGUGUUAUACGCGAGGUCGAAGCAGACACCGAUGCCAAUGGUGUCAGUGAGGCAUGA